AUGAACGGCGACGGCUAUUCGUCCCGAGAUGGCCGACAUGGCUCAUCUCGCGACUACUCCUCCCGAGACGACAGACGCGACCGCGGCGACCGCGGCGACCGUGGGGAUCGAGGAGACCGAAGGGACCGCAGACGUUCGAGGUCGCCUAGGCGCUCGCAUCGCGACGGAAGAGAAGGCGACGUCGACUCGUACGCUUCCAGUCGCAGCCACAGGGACCGCGAGCGAGAGGACAGGUACGGCGGCGACCGUGGCGACCGUGGUGACCGGGGCGACCGGGGCGGCGGAGGUGGUGGCGGCCGCGACAGGGACCGCAGGGGUGAUUGGGACCGCGAUAGAGACCGAGGUGGCCGGCGAGACCACCGUCGCGAUGAUGGAGGACGACCUCCCAGACGCGACCGCGAUCUCUUUGACGACAGACGGGGUGGCGGCGACAGGCGUGACCGAGGAGGGCGGGACCGGGAUGAGGAUCUUUUCGCACAGAACCGCCGCGGCCGCAGUGCUACUCCCCCGCCGAAGAAGCGCGAGCCGACUCCCGACCUCACCAACGUCGUCUCCGUCCUGGAGCGUAAGCGCCGCAUGACACAAUGGGACAUCAAGCCCCCCGGAUACGAGAACGUCACAGCCGAGCAGGCCAAGCUCUCGGGCAUGUUCCCCCUUCCCGGCGCGCCUCGCCAGCAGCCUAUGGACCCUACCAAGCUGCAGGCCUUCAUGAACCAGCCUGGCGGUGCCGUCAACAGUGCCGCCCUCAAGCCCUCCAACAGCCGCCAGUCCAAGCGCCUCUUGGUCUACAACAUCCCCGCCGCCUCGACCGAGGAAGGCAUCAUCAGCUUCUUCAACCUUCAGCUGAAUGGUUUGAAUGUCGUCGAGAGCACCGACCCCUGCAUCAUGUGCCAAGUCUCCCGCGACCACUCGUUCGCUCUUCUCGAGUUCCGCAACGCCUCCGAGGCCACACUCGCUCUGGCUUUCGACGGCAUCUCCAUGGAACCCGACGACGCCAUGGGCAACGGCGUGGAGAAUGGAAGCGGCCAUGGCCUGAGAAUCCAGCGCCCCAAGGACUACAUUGUGCCUGCUGUCGUUGAUGACACCCCCUACGAACCCGGCGUUGUGUCCAAGGUGGUCGUGGAUACCCCCAACAAGAUCAGCGUGGCUAACGUCCCGCCGUAUCUCACUGAGGAGCAAGUCAUGGAGCUGCUGGUGGCGUUUGGCGAACUGAAGGCCUUUGUCUUGGUCAAGGACGCAGGCACGGAGGAAUCACGGGGCGUUGCAUUCUGCGAGUAUGUCGACCCCAGCGCGACAGAGAUUGCUGUGCAGGGACUCAAUGGCAUGGCCAUUGGGGACAAGAGUCUCAAGGUCAAGAAGGCGAGUGUGGGAUUCACACAGGUAGCUGGCGUUGAGAUGGGCGUCAAUGCCAUGUCCAUGCUUGCUGGCACCACUUCGGCAGACCAGGAGGAGGGCAGGGUCCUGCAACUGCUCAACAUGGUUACGGCAGAGGAGCUCAUGGACAACGACGAUUACGAAGAAAUCUGUGAUGAUGUUCGCGAGGAGUGCAGCAAGUUUGGCCAGGUGGUUGGGCUCAAGGUCCCCAGGCCCAGCGGCGGGAGCCGACAGUCAGCCGGCGUGGGCAAGAUAUUCGUCAAGUUUGACUCGACAGAGUCGGCGAAGAAGGCUUUGACCGCGUUGGCGGGCCGGAAGUUUGCCGACAGAACCGUUGUUACGACCUACUUCCCCGAGGAAAACUUCGAGGUUAGUGCGUGGUAG